GACCUCUUUUCGUUCAGCACGCUAGUCAUCGAUGUAUCCACCAAGUGAAGUUGGCCAACUAGCCCCUGCAAGAUAUAUGAACGUUGAGUUCUUCAGGACAUUAUAAUGCACAGUGGUCGGCCCUCCAAAGAACACGAUCACUGACUUCAAAGACUUUGAUCGCCUUUCAACUGCAUCUUCCCGGCCUUGAAGACAGUCUGACAGUUUCACCAACAUGCAGAAGACUCAAGUACUACGUGCGGCGCUUGCGCUGACGUUGCUGGGCAGUGCAGAUGCAUUUUGGCGCAUGAACUGUGCUAUGAUACAGAGAGGCCGGAUCGAUACCCUCGUGAAUCCGGGGGCCAUCGCUGCUCACACACAUUCGAUCAUUGGAGGAUCCAACUUCGGCAUCAAUGCAACAUACGACAGCUUGCUCAAUUCGGAAUGCACAUCGUGCGAGAUUACUGCCGACAAGUCAGCAUACUGGACCCCGACCCUCUACUAUAGUUAUCCUAAUGGGUCCUUCCUCGAAGUCCCGCACACAGGAGGCGUAGCCUAUUAUCUUGGGAGAGGACCCAAUGCCAACCAAACUGUGCCUUUUCCGAAGGGUCUCAACAUUCUUUCGGGAGACAAGUCAGCACGAAGCUACGACAAUAAGACAUAUACCUGGGGCAAUGCGACGUUCCCCGGACGACCUAUCGCUGAUAGAGUGUCGUUCGCAUGCCUAAAAGAUAAUCAGCCGCCAGAGCGGCCCUACAUGUUUGACACCGACUGUCCCUACGGCAUGCGCGCUCAAAUCCACUACCAGAGCUGUUGGAAUGGCGUCGACUUGUACAAGGCUGACAACAGCCACGUUGCGUACCAAAGCCAGAUCGACAACGGCAUAUGCCCUCCCACGCAUCCAAUUCAAAUUCCUCACCUUUUCUUGGAGACUCUCUACAGCGUGGCAAACGUUCCAAAGGAUCCAAAAGGACAAUUUGUGUUCUCGCAAGGGGAUCCUACUGGAUAUGGCUUCCACGGAGACUUUCAGAAUGGAUGGGACACAGAUGUGCUCGCCAAAGCUGUCACAGACUGCUUGAGCGUGCCGAACUACGGGACUAUCGAAGAGUGUCCUAUUCUGCAGUCGUUUCAGACGAGCGGGUACUCAUACAAUUGUCCAGAGAGGCCACGACAGAUUGGCGAAGAUGUGAAAGGUAUGAUUUCCAAGCUCCCAGGAUGCAUCACGAUCACCCCCGGCCCGGAAGCUGCACCAGCUGCGUCCAUGUCUUGUCCCGACAGUGUCCCCAAGCCUUCUGUGACGAGCACGAAAGACUCGACCGCGGUUGCAAUGGCUACCGCCUCACCGGGAGCCACAUGGGGCACCACCGACAGUUUUGUGAAGUAUGUUGGCUGCUUCAACGAUACUGGCGGAUCUGUCCGCACUCUCAAUGCUGUUUCGGUCUCAAACUCCAGUGCCAUGACGGUGGAUUACUGCAAUAGCUACUGUAAGAGCCGUGGAUAUCGCCUCAGUGGUGUCGAAUAUGGUCAGGAAUGCUUCUGUGAUAAUGCGAUCAAAUCUACUGCUGUAAUGGGGUCUGGAUGCACGUUCAAUUGUGCUGGCACCAUGACGAAUGGCGGUCCUCAACAAAUCUGCGGCGGCCUCAGCUUCAUCUCCAUUUACAACAAUACCGACCCAUCGUUCGUCGCAAAUGGCAGCAACAAGAACAGUGCCGGAAACGUACCGCAAGACCUUCCAGUCGUUACUAAACCCAACUAUGUCGGUUGCGCCACUGACAACUACAACAACACCGGCCGCACGCUCACCGGAGCUUCCCUAUCCCAGCUCAACAUGAGCUCUUCAAUCUGCCAGAACUUCUGCGCAACAGCCCAAGGUGGUAGAGGCUGGCAAUACUGGGGCACCGAAUACGGCUCCGAAUGCUACUGCGGCAACACCCUCUCCGGCACCAACUUCCUCACCACGCCCACCACCAGCAUCACCAACGCCACCUGCAACAAACGCUGCACGGGCGUCGGCGACGAAAUCUGCGGUGGCCCCAAUGCCCUUUCUCUGUACAAUAAUACCGCAUACAUUGCGCCGAGCGUGAAAUCCCCGAUUGGGAAAUUUGUGCAGCAGGAAUGUUUGACCGACCCGGGGUUGAGUGGUGGGAGAGCAUUGGCGAAUUAUAGCUUUACGAGUACGACGAUGACGGCGGAAGUGUGUGUGCGGAAGUGUGAGGAGAGGGGGUGGGGGUUUGCUGGGGUGGAGUAUGGGACUGAAUGUUAUUGCGGUUCCGUCAUCAAUACCGCUUCCGGCGCGAAAAAAAUCUCGUGUGAUAUUGCCAAGUUGAUGACGUGUGGAGGCGAUGUGAAGCAGUUUUGUGGUGGGAGUUCUUUAUUGAAUUUGUAUUCCUCGGGUACAUAAGGUAGUUGAGUUUAGGUACCUGAAGCGUUUGGACGUUUUGGAUGAAUAUAUGGUAUGUAUAUAAUGAAUGAAUGACCAUACGAAGCUUGAAAGAUGACUUUUU